UUCCUGCAGUUGGACUCCAGGCUUCGCUCUGCGCAGGACCCGGGUGGCCCUGCCAUUCAGGGGCCCAAGCUCCCCAGGGCAGGCUUGGCUGCUGGGCACCAGGAAAUGGGUCUUUUAAGUCCUCUGUCCUGGACCACAGCUGCUUCAUUUGAUUCCUCACAUUAUGAAGCUUCCAGCAUCUUGGACCAAGCGGUUACCAGUUUCCCAGUGUUGCCAUCCUGCAGGCAAACAUUUGGUGACUAUUCGUCCCAUGAUUAUGAGCCAUUGACAUUCAGGGAUGUGGCUAUUGAUUUCUCUGAGGAGGAAUGGGAAUGCCUGGAUCCUGCUCAGCAGAAUUUAUAUAGAGAAGUGAUGUUGGAGACCUACAGCAACCUGGUCUUUGUGGAGAAGACCUACCAAUAUGAAGAAUGCAACACACUCAAGAAUUUUACUCAACAUCACAGUGUUCAUACAGGAGAUAUGCCAUGCAAAGAAUGUGAAAAAACUUCUAAUAAAAGCUCCAGUCUUAUUUGUCACCAGUGGACACACAUUGAAGAGAUGCCCCACAUAUGUAAACAAGUUUGCGAAGCUUUUAAUCAAAAACCAAGCCUAAAAAAUCACCAGAGAAUUUAUACUGGAGAGAAGCCCUACAAAUGUAAAGUGUGUGGCAAAAAUUUUAAUACAAAGUCACAUCUUGAUCGCCACAACAGGAUUCAUACUGGAGAGAAGCCCUACAAAUGUAAUGUGUGUGGCAAGAGUUUUAAUAUAGACUCAAAUCUUGAUCGCCACAACAGGAUUCAUACUGGAGAGAAGCCCUACAAAUGUAAUGUGUGUUGCAAGAGUUUUAGUCAAAAAUCAUCACUUACUCAUCACCAGCGAAUCCACACUGGAGAGAAGCCCUACAAAUGUAAAGAGUGUGGCAAAGCCUUUAAUCGCAUCUCACAGCGUAAUUAUCACAAAAGGAUUCAUACUGGAGAGAAGCCCUACAAAUGUAGAGAAUGUAGCAAAGCUUUUAAUAGCAUCUCACAGCGUAAUUAUCACAAAAGGAUUCAUACUGGAGAGAAGCCCUACAAAUGUAAAGUGUGUGGCAAAAGAUCUAACACAAACUCACAGCUCAAUUGCCACCACAGGAUUCAUACUGGAGAGAAGCCGUACAAAUGUAAAGUGUGUGACAAGAGUUUUCAUCAAAAACCAUCACUUACUCAGCACCAGCGAAUCCACACUGGAGAGAAGCCCUACAACUGUAAAGUGUGUGGCAAGAGUUUUAAUAAAAAAUAUUCACUUACUCAGCACCAGCGAAUCCACACUGGAGAGAAGCCCUACAACUGUAAAGAAUGUGGCAAAGCUUUUAAUAGCAUCUCACAACUUAACUGUCAUAAAAGGAUUCAUACUGGAGAGAAGCCCUACAAAUGUAGAGAAUGUGGCAAAGCUUUUAAUCGCAUCUCACAUCUUAGUUGCCACAAGAAGAUUCAUACUGGAGAGAAGCCCUACAAAUGUAAAGUAUGUGGCAAGAGUUUCAUUAAAAAAUCAUCACUUACUCAGCACCAGGGAGUCCACACUGGAGAGAAGCCCUACAACUGUAAAGAAUGUGGCAAGAGUUUUCGUCACAAAGCAUCACUUACUGACCACCAGAGAAUCCACACUGGAGAGAAGCCCUACACCUGCAAAGAAUGUGGCAAAGCUUUUAGGCAAAGAUCGUCACUUACUCAACACCAGAGAAUCCACACUGGAGAAAAGCCCUACAAAUGCAAAGAAUGUGGCAAAGCUUUUAAUACUGUCUCUCAGCAUAGUCGCCACAAGAGGAUUCAUACUGGAGAGAAGCCCUACCAAUGUAGAGAAUGUGGCAAAGCUUUUAAUCAAAAAUCAAUACUUACUCAACACCAGAGAACCCAUACUAGAGAGAAGUCCUAAAAAUGUGAAGAAUGGCAAACCUUUUCAAAUUGAAGAUCAUAUCUUACUAAACAUUAUAGAUUUUAUACUGGAGAGAAGCUUUACAAGUGAAAACAUUGCAUCGGUGUUUUAAGGAUGAAUCAACCCUUAUUUCACAGUAGUUCAACACUAUUUCACACCAGAGAUAUGAUAGCACAGAAAUUAUACAAGUGUAAAAUAGGUGUCAGAGUCUCCAACAGUUGUUCACACCCUACUCAGCACCUCAGAAUUCAUACGAGUGAGAGGACAUGUGGAAAAAUUUUUGCAAAGCUUUUGGCCAUUGAUCAAACAUUUUUGAAACACUGGAGGAUUUACAGCAUAUAGAAACCCAAAGAAUGUGUAUUCAAAUUUCACACAUUUUUAAAUUUCUGACCUCAUACCUGUAGCAAAUGUGGAGUAGCAUUUGUUCAAAGUAUGUACAUUAGAUAACAACAAAAUAUUAAAAAAACAAUUUGACAAGUAUAAAAAUUUGUAAGUUUCUUAUCUAUAGCCCAUCCCUUGAAGUAUUUGGGACCUAGGAGGGAAAAAAUCAUUUAAAUGUAGAAAAUGGGUUAUUGCUUUUGACAUUUGCUGAAAAUUUUCUUAACAUCUUUAGCUGAUAUUGUAGAAAUAAAGAAAUACAAAUAUAGAAUAGUGCAUCCCUAAAAGGAUAUAAUUGUACUAUAAAUCAACAGUUACUACAUAUUCUCAUUUUUCUCAACUGGAGAAAACAUAAUUCUCAUAGUUUGAUUAUUACAGAAGUCUCUUAAGGUUUAUAUGAAAUUUUAAAUUUUUGGUUUUUAUGUUUGUACUUAAACUUAGGGACACUUAAUCAGUAAACUGCAUCCUCAGAUUUUUUUUUCAUUUUUACUUAGAGAUACAGUCUGCUAACUUGUUUAGGGCUUCACCAAGUUAUGGAGCCUGGCUUUUAACUUGCAAAGCUUCUCACGUCCCUAGGGUCACAGGCAUGGACCACCAUGCCCAUUUUACAGAGCAUUUUUAAUUAUAUUUGCAUUAUGGAUGCAAUUUGUUACUAAAUAAAGUAUGAAUUUCUUAAUGUUAA